AUGGAGGAGCUAUUGAACACGACCGAGGUAAAAUGGGUCGAUCGUGUUUUCACCAACUCGUCGUUGGGCACUAGGCUGCUAAAUCGAUUGGACUGGACCAAUCUGCGCCAUUGUUUCUACUUGAUCUCACCUUACGAAACGGCGGUCGGUACGCUGGAUGAGGUACCCAAUUAUAAUGUUCAAGUGAGUUUUAAAUUGGAAAAAUAUUGAAUUUUAUUAGAUUUUUAUUCAAAAAAUUGUUUUAAAAUGGCAUUUUUUACUUUGAUUUUUGCUUUUUUUAAUUUUUGUUGAAUGCACUGUGCAAAAUUUAAAAUUUUUGGUGUGGCAAAGUGCAAAAUAAAAAUUUCGAAUUAAUUUUUUAUUAAAUAUUGUUUAAACUAAGCUUAUUCAAAUUCACGUAUUACGUCUGCAUCCAUUUUUACCUUAUGAUGCCCCAGGAAACUUAAAAACGAAGUAUUGCACCGUGCAUAGACUGCAAAGCCAAAAUUAGAAAAAUUGAUUUAAAAUAUUGAAAACAGCUUUAAAUUUACAAACUCUGAUAAAUAAAUCUGAUAAAAACUUCUUUUGCAGGUCAGUGUGUGGUGGGUAACGUUAAUCUUUAUUGAAUUCACAGUUUUAAUGCUACAACAUCAUGAUGACAGAUUCGCGUUGAAUGACACAAUAACAUCGUUCUGUGCUGGAAUGUUGUCCCAGUGCUUCAAGUAGGUCAUAUUGUUAUUUUUUAUUGUAAUUUUUGUAGUAUAAAGCCCUUCAAAACUUUUUUGUGUUGCACGGUGUUUUUUAAGCUUUUAGCUAUUGCACCGUGCAAAACUUUUUAAAUUCAAAAAUAUGGCUAAAUAUUUUAAAUUCAUGACAUUUAAAGUUUAGUACAUUUAUAAGUGCAAAUGUAACAUUUUUCAAAAUUUUAACUUUUUUAAACAGCCUGCAUUGUGCAUUUUUUCAAUUUUUUCAAAUUUUGCACCGUGCAAUCGAAAUAGCCUUUCAAAUUAAAAAAAAACUUAAAAAUAUAACUAACCAAAUGUUAAAUUUUAGAUUCGGUGGCCGAACAGUGGCCAUAUUCUUGUACGUGUUCAUUUGGAACAACUUUAGGAUAUUGGAAUUGCCAUGGGACUCGCCUUGGACAUGGAUAUUUUGUUUGAUCUUCCAGGAUUUUCUUUAUUACCUGGGGCAUCGGGCAGUGCAUGGUAAAGAGACUUACAUAUUUUCUUAUAGUUUCAAUUUUUUAAAGUUUUUAAAAAUUUGCACGGUGCAAUCGAUUUUUUGGUUUUUGCACGGUGCAAACAAGUUUGCCACUUCAAAACUCAUUCAUUUUUUCAUUAAAUUAAAUUUAGCUAACACGUGAAUUUUCUGCUAGUUAUUCUUGAUAUUUUACCCAAAUUUUAAAAUGUUUCAAAAGGUCUGCAUGGUGCUAUUACUAAUUUAAAUUUUUGCACGGUGCAGGUGAAAAAUACGACUAAACCGCUAAAACUAUUAACUUUUUUUAAAAGCGUGAUCCUUAUCACUAAGGUUUAAACAUUUUUGCGAUUUUCAGAAGCCGGCUUCUUCUGGGGUCUUCACACGAUACAUCACAGUAGUGAGUACUACAAUCUGUCGACGGCGCUGCGACAAGCUGCCAUUCAGGAUGCUGGGUUGGCUAUUUAUGACGUUUUUCAGGUAUGCCAUCUGUUAUUUAGUAUAAUACUUCGUAUUUCGAUUAUUUUUUGCUAUUUGACGUUUUUAAAAUUUUAAAAACUUUGCUGGAUUACUGUAGUUUUUACCGUAUUUUAGGCCUUUUGCAUACCACCGCCAAUCUUUUUGGUACAUCGAUACUUCUCUGAGAUAUUCCAAUUUGUCAUGCAUACAAGUGUAAGUUGGAUUUAGUUCAAUAUAGUACUAUAAGUACCAUAAAAACAAAAAAAUGGUACUGUAUAGUACCAUUAGUACUAAAAAUUAAAAAAGGACCAUUAUACCAAAUAAAAGGUACUUUAUAAGUGUAAAGUUAGGCAUACCUAUGCUAUCUUAUCAAUAAACAAUAUUAUCAAUAAAAAUUUCAGCUCCUAGACACAUGUGGACCAUUGGGACUGGUCUUCAAUACACCAUCCCACCAUCGUGUACAUCACGGUAGAAAUCCCUACUGUAUUGACAAGAAUUACGGCGGCGUUUUUAUCAUUUGGGAUCGUAUGUUCAACACUUUUGCCGCCGAACGACCAGAUGAUCCACCCAUCUAUGGGCUGGUUCAUAACGAACACAACUUUAAUCAGAUUUAUCUACAGGUAAGGGUGUACAAUACUUUAUAUUAUCAUAACCUACCAUACUUUACCCUACCCUACCAUAUCCUACCCUACUCUACCCUACCCUACCUUGCCCCACCCUACUUUACCCUAGCUCAAGGUCUAUUUAACCCUGCUUUUUAAACCUACGUUACCCCGCCCUCCAUAUUUACCCUACCCUUAAAAUCAAUCAAAAACCAACUCCUUUCAGUUCCACACCCUAUACGAGAUGUUGUGUGUAAAGUGGCGAAGAAAGGACGAGAAAGGUGAGCCCAUCUUCAAGACCUGGCUCCAAAAACUGCAAGCUACAUACUACCCACCAGGCUGGCUGCCAGGUGUACCAGUCUUCCGCUUCUUCCACUGGUUCAGUUUGGAAGAACCAGCUUAUGGAGUACCAGAGGUUGAAUACCCCGUAGUCAAGUACAACCCACCAAUUGAAGUGUGGAAGAAGGUGUACUGUGUGGUACACUUUGUCUUCCUCCUCUGUAUCUUCAUGCAUUUCGAGUACGAUCGGGCGGAUCUUGGCUAUGUCGACUUUACGCUGAAAAUCGCCUUCUUCGUGGUCACGAUGCAGGGAUUCGGCGCUGUUUUUGAUAAAAAGUAGGUUGGGAAAGAUAAAAAAAAUCCGUGGAUUGCCAGGGAUCGGCCUUCAGUUUUUUCCAAAAAAUCUUGGGCGGGGUAUUUUUACGUGGGGGUGGAUAUAUACCUGCCUCACCCAAAAAAAAAUUCUGAAAUUGCUACAGGAGCCGGCCGCCUUCAUCUGUUCGUAAAAAUUUUGGGCGUGGUAUUUUUUGGUUGGGGGUGGAAACCACGCCCAAAAUUUUUUUUAAAAAUCUUCAAGGGAAACAAAACAAAAUCCGAAUUUCAAAAAAAAAUAUUUUGGGGCAGAGUAUACCCCCCCCCCCCAAAGUUCAUGGGGGUAUGUUUUUACGCGUAUUUUACCGAGCAUUAUAUAUCUCCUUAUCUAGACCAUAGAUUCAAUAACAUUUUUACAAAACAUCCGUUUCAGAUGGUACGCAGGCUACAUUGAGAUGUUCCGAGGCAGCGGAGUCCUCAGUUUCUACUUGUACAAGAUAUUCACUGAUGGAGUGUUACCUAAUCGUCUGUGUAUGAUGGCACUGUUCUCGAGCUCGAUUUUACUGUGGAUGUUUGUCGAGGUUCGAAAGGUGGGUUCUUGUUUCUUUGUCUUUUAUCAAUCUUAUCAAAAAUUGACAAAAAAUCGCAAAAUUUUUUAAUUUUUGCCGUUUUUUAAUUGAAAUAUGCCAUUUUUUUGGUAAUAUAUUUCUAAUAACGAGUAUUAUAUAGGUGAAAAUAGCUAUAAAACGAAGAUACUGAAUAAUAUCAUAAUAAAAAAUGGCAUUUUCAGGCAUGUAACGACCCGCAGAAGGUGGCUGAUGUUAAUAUGGAGACAAAUAAGCCUAAAAUGGAAAUCAGCGUGAGUUUUAAUGUUUUUUGGCUUCAAAAGUUCUUGGACUAGCCAUUCUUACUAUAUUUUUCAAUUUGAAAAAAAAAUUCAAAAAAUUUUUUUUAAAAUUUCUAUUUAAAACUUUUUGAAAUUUUUACAAAAAUUUAAAUUUUUAUCUAAAAAUAACCUCAAAAUGAACCAAAACUUCAUUUUAGUCCAUUUCCGACCACCCCAAGCUGUGUCAACGUCAAAGUGAGAAAGCCUGA